AUGACUAUGAUAUUGGAUUUGUUAAAUGACGCAUUUGAAAAAGCAAAGUUUCCUCCUUCUAUUUAUGAGGCAAAGAAAAUUAUUAACAAGCUUGGUCUUAAUUAUAAAAACAUAGAUGCUUGUCCAAAACACUGCAUGUUGUAUUUGGGAGAUGAUGAAAAAAGUUUGGAUGCUUGUAAGCAUUGUGGUACAUCUAGAUGGAAACCCAACAAGAAGAAGAAAAUAGCUGCAAAGGUUUUACGUUACUUUCCAUUGAAACCAAGAUUGCAAAGAUUGUUCACAUGUCGUAAGACUGCAAAAGAUAUGAGAUGGCAUGUUUUGGAAGACAAUAAAGAUGGGUUGUUAAGGCAUCCAAGAGAUGGAGAGGCAUGGAAGACAUUUGAUUUAAUCCAUCCUGAGUUUUCUUCAGAUCCUCGAAAUGUUCGUUUAGGCCUUGCUACUGAUGGUUUUAAUCCUGCUAGGACCUUGAGUUCUACCUAUAGCAUCUGGCCAAUUUUCUUAAUUCCAUAUAAUCUUCCACCUUGGAUAUGUAUGAACCACACUUCCUUCAUUCUAUCAAUGAUCAUUCCAGGCAAGCAAUCUCCUGGAAAUAACAUAGAUGUGUACCUAAAGCCCCUUGUAGAAGAGUUAUGUGAGUUAUGGAGUGGUGUGGACACCUAUGACUCAUCCUUAAAUGAAAAUUUUAGAAUGCGAGCAGCUCUUAUGUGGACAAUUAGUGACUUUCCUGGCUUAGGCAUCUUAUCUGGUUGGAACAUACACACAGGAUUGGCUUGCCCAACUUGCAAUUUAGAUGCGGAACCUUGUCGCCUUCGAAAUUGUAACAAGUGGUGUUUUAUGGGGCAUCGUCGUUUUCUAAGUAGAAAUCAUAAAUUUAGAUUGAACCGUGUUCGCUUUGAUGGAAGCAUAGAAGAACGAAACCCACCAUUAAAAUUAUCUGGAUCUGAGAUUUUUCGACAAGUGGAACAUAUUAAUACUACAUUUGGAACUAGAGCUAUUCAAAAUGGAACAAGAAAAAGAUCUAGACAAGAAGUCACACAGUGGAAUAAAAGAAGCAUAUUCUUUGAACUUCCAUAUUGGGAGUCUAACUUGUUACGACAUAAUCUAGAUUUUAUGCAUAUUGAAAAAAAUGUAUGCGACAAUGUCAUGUAUACAUUGCUCCAUGAGAAGGAUAAAUCAAAAGACAACCUUAAUGCUCGAAAAGACUUAAAAGAAAUGGGCUUAAGGCCUGAUCUUUGGCCAGAUGAUAAUGGAAAGUAUCACCUUGCUUUGUUUUCACUAACACGUGGUACCAAAAAGUUAUUUUUGAAAACUUUGAAGACUAUUACAGUACCAGAUGGUUACUCAAAACUUCAGUUGCUCAAAGAUCGCAUUGUGGUUACACUAUGCCACUUAGAAAUGUUAUUCCCUCCAUCAUUCUUCACAGUUAUGGUUCAUUUAACUGUUCAUCUUAUAGAGGAAGCAAAACUUGGAGGCCCAGUGCAUUAUCGAUAUAUGUAUCCAGUAGAGAGGGAAUUAGGUCACUUAAAAUCCUUUGUGAGAAACAAGGCACAACCUGAAGGAUCCAUAGCUGAGGGGUAUUUAGCUGAAGAGUCUCUUACCUUUUGUUCUCGCGUUGAUGGCAACUUAAGGCAAGCAGAUUUACCUUAUUAUGGAAAGUUGGAAGAUAUCAUUGAGAUUAACUACUAUGGUCGAUUCUCUGUUAUUCUUUUUAAAUGUAAAUGGGCUGAUACUACACGAGAUAGAGGGUAUAAAAAGGAUUGUUGGAAUUUUAAUUGUGUUGACUUUGAUAGAUUGAUUCAUAUUGGUGAUCGUGAAGAACAUGAACCAUACAUUGAAGCAUCUCAAGCACAAAUGGUGUAUUAUGUAGAUGAUGUUGUCAAUGAAGGAUGGAGUGUUGUUGUACACAUAAAGCCAAUAGAUUUAUAUGACAUGGGAGAAGAAGUAGAAGAAAAUGCAUAUGAAAAUGAGUCAUACCAAGAGCAACAACUUGAACAAUUUUCUAGGCUUGAUGAUCAAUAUGUACAAUUGGCUACAAACCAUCUAAAUGAUGAUAUAGUUGAUUGA